AAGUCAUGACGUCAAAUCCCUGCGACUGUUUACAUGCAGCGGUAACAUGGCACUGUUUCCAGCGUUUGCAGGAUUAGCGAGUAAAAAAGUUGACGAACCACCUAAAGAACUGGAAUGGCUGACCAACCAAAGUUUCCGCUCCGACGAGGCCCUUUCCCUUCACCAGCGUGCGGUAGAGAAGUCUAUCCAGGUCGAGCAGCCAGCAGCAGAUACAAGACUGUUGUCAAGUGAGGAGGAGGAGGACCGGAAUGAUGUAUCGUCCAAGAAGAGGAAGAAGAAGGAGAAGAAGAAGAAGAAAAAGAAACACAGGAGAAAGAAGAGUGGGAGGCCUUCGGACAGCAGCGGCUCGGAUUCAGACACCGUCUAUCCCAGCGACCUUCUGAAAAAGGAUGCAGAGGAGCCUAGUCAGCAGCCCCAGGUCCAGUGUCAGCUGGAGGGGAAGUUUGCGUGGCUGGAUGACCUCCAGAGUCCCCCUGCCCAGCUCUUCUGUCUGGACCGCAAAGCAGACUCUGCCAACUGGCAGUACAAGUCUCUGUACAGGGGAGACAUUGCCAGGUACCGGAGGAAGGGCCAGUCCUGUCUGGGCCUGGACCCACGCAGGCAGGCCAUCAGCUGGGCCGAGUCCGAUACCUCAAACAGGAAGCGAACUGACAAGAACAGGAAGCAGACAGAGCGCUACUUCUGCUCCUCUGCCCACCCUCUGCUGAAAGCCCCUCCCGUUCCCUCCCUCCCCGGGGCGCCUGCCCCCGGCCCCACCCUCGAGUACAUCCCCCUGCCCCUCUGCCCCAAGGAGGGGGGUGCUGGGGCGGGAUCUGGACCCGUGAGCUGGGUCAACCCCCUAGGGGUGUACGAUGACUCCACCUCCCUCUGGCUACAGGGCCGUGGCCACAGUGAGCAGGCGCAGGCCCAGGAGCCCUCCAGGGACAAGGACAGCGGCGCCGCCCUGCUGGCUGGGAGGGUGGAGGACUUCAACAGGAGGUUGAGAGAGACGCCCACAGACACUCAGCUCUGGUUGCAGUUCCUGCACUUCCAGGAUGAGCUGUGGGAUGCGGGAGGGUUUGGGGGGGAGGGUGGAUCGAGGGAGGCGGAGCGUGGUGGCCGGUCGGUGCGAGCGUCCGUGGAGAAGAAGAUGAGCAUCGCGGAGCGCGCCUUGGAGAGUAACCCGGGGUGCGUGGCCCUGCAGCUGGAGAGGCUGCGUCUGAGCCGGGAGCUGUGCGAGCCUGCAGCCCUGCAGAAAGAGUGGAGGAAGCUGGUGUUCCUGCAUCCCAACAGCGCCCCCAUCUGGAGGGAGUACCUGCUGUUCACACAGAGUCACUUCAGCACCUUCUCCGUGUCAAAGGUCAACUCCGCCUACGGGAAGUGUCUGAGCACGCUCGCUGCUGUGCAGGAUGGAAGUAUGACGUCACACCCAGCCCUGCCCGGCACCCAGGAAAGCAUGCUGGACAUCUUUGUGCAGCAGUGUCAUUUCCUGCGUCAGACGGGACACUCUGAGAAGGCUGUGUGUCUGUUCCAGGCUCUGCUAGACUUCACCUUCUUCAAACCAGACAGCGUUAAAGACCUGCCCACCAGACAGCAGGUGGAGUUUUUCGAGCCCUUCUGGGACAGCGGGGAGGCCAGGGUGGGAGAGAGGGGCGCCCGAGGCUGGAAGGCCUGGAUGCUUCAGCAGGAGAGAGGAGGCUGGCUUCUCCCUAAUACAGAUGAGGAUGCUGAUGAUGAUGAAGAUCUGGAAGAGGAGCUGAAGGACAGGACCUGGCCAAAGUGGAGGAUCUGGUUGGACAUUGAGACAUCCCGUGAGGCCAACCAUUGGCUGCCCUGGAGGCCGGACAAAGCCAAGGGCCAAUCGGUGGAAGACUGUGAGGACCCAGACAGACAGGUUCUGUUUGAUGACAUUGGUCAGUCUCUGAUUCGUGUGAAUAGUCCAGAGCUCAAGCUACGUCUGAUGUUUCACUUCCUGCAGUUCCUGGGUUUGCCUACAGGGGCACUAGACUGCUCCUCUGCCCACACCGCCCCCUGGUGGAGCUCACUGCUUGAGGACCUGUCUCUCCUGGGGGUGGUGCCCCAAGCUCAGCCGCCCCUCACGGCAUACCACCUCCCAGCCCCAUUGUUCAGCCCUGUGGGACACAUGACCACCCUGCAGGGUGCCAGGAAGUGGGCAGAUCUGGGCAAGGAGGGGGAGGAGUUUCUGACCAACGUGUUCCAGAUGCUUCUGCCCCUAUUUCCUUCCAAGCAGAGAGCAGUUCUGUAUCUCUGCUGGCUGCAGUACGAAAAACUCAAGGUGCUGCACUGCGUACGACGUGGCAACAAGCGCCGUCUUCGCGUCCAGGGGAAGAGGAGCAAGCGCGUGGCCAAGGGUCUCCUCAAGGAGCCUGAGAACCGCGGCUGGCUUCCUCUCUGGCGCGAAUACGCACACCUGGAGUGGCUUCUGGGUAAUCUAGCAGACGCCCGCAAGGUGUUUGACUCCGCCCUGGUGCUGGGUGUAACCGGGGGGCUGGCUGACUCGUCCCUCUGCCACCUCUGUCUGCUGUACGCCCAGCUCGAGGUAGAGGAGGCAGCAGGACAGAGCGUGGCCGGGGGGGGCCACGGUGGGCAAGCCACGGGCUCAGCUGCUGUGUACGUGCUGACCAAACUAGCUGAGGGGGGGAGCUAUGAAGCCUUUUCUGGAGAGCUGGCUCCCAUAGCGGUGCUGAAGGCUAGGAGGACCUACGAACUGGCCCUGCAGACCUGCCUGGCUGGCCUGGAGAAGCAGGAGGACCCUGGGAAGGAACUGACCACUCUGGGGCAGAAGCUUGGUGGCUUGGGGCAGUGGAACCAGCCUAGCCUGGUGUCGGGCCUGGUGGGCUGCUACGCCCUGUUCCAGUACCUGACUGUGGGGCCGGAGGCUGCUGAGGCCGUGUAUAGCCUGGCCAGGGAACGGCUGGGCCAGCUCCAUUCCAGGCCUGACGCUAAGAGUGAAGCUAACCAGGCUAAUGCUAACACGAAUCCUAACCCAGCUAGUGGCGCGAGUGCCAACCGGCUAGCCUCAGAGUGCGAGUACCUGGCUGUCCAGCAGGCUGCGCUGUUGCACUAUCACACCAGCACCAGUGUGUACCCGCUGCGACCCCUCAGAGAGACCCUCACCUCUGCCCUGCGGCUCCACCCCACUAGCGCCCCCCUGUGGAGGCUCUAUGUACAGGUGGAAAACCGUUACCACAGUGCCGGCAGGGCGCGGAGGUUCUGCCACGGCGUUGCCAGGGGCUGUGCCAGUGUUGUGCCACGGCUCUUUGCCAUCAGCGCGGAGCAGCACAGGAAGCAGCUUCUGGAUUCUGCCCUCAGGUCUUGUUCCCAUGGCGAAGCACUCCCCACCCUGCCAGAGAACGGACUUAGCAACCGUAUCCGCUCGCUGUUUGAGAACGCCCUAGCGACCGAGCAGGGGGCCCACUGUCCCCUGCUGUGGAGGAUGAACAUGCACUUCCUGGUGUCGGAUGGCAGUGUGGAGAAGGGCAGGGCUGUCUUCUACAAGGCUUUACAGGAUGUCCCCUGGGCCAAGGGAGUGUACAUGGAUGCAGUGCGUCUGUUCCCAGAGCACAUGCAGGAAUAUCUGGACCUGCUGACAGAGAAAGAGUUGAGACUGAGGUUACCCAUGGAGGAGAUGGACAUUCUGCUGGAGGACUGACGCUACCCAUGAUGCAUCGCUGCUACCAUGCCUGGAGAGGCUGGUUGGAUAGACAUCAGAUUUCAUUGGAACCGCUGUGACACUGUGAAUUUGGAAAUAUAAAUAUUUUGAUGGAUCCAAUUUGAAUAAUUUACCUGUUUAAUAAAUGUUACUUUUUACGUUUUCGUUUAGAAGCAGA